GUUGAUAUCACGUGAUCUUUGUUUAUGAUGUGAAAUUGUUCUGCCCUGAUCUGCACGAGUCUAAUUUCAAUCCUGCUGAAAAUAUAAGAAUUAUUAUUAUGAAACUCAUAUUUUGUAUUACUCUUGUGAUCAUUAGCAAUGUAUGUUCCACAAGGAUCAGUAAAACAACGAAGCCAAAUAUUGUAUUCAUUUUGAUUGAUGACCUCGGCUACAAUGAUGUAAGUUAUCACGGCUCCGAGAUCAAAACACCGAACAUCGACGAGCUUGCACGGGACGGCGUCCGCCUGGAGAACUACUACGUACAGCCUAUCUGUACACCGACGAGAUCGCAGCUAUUGAGCGGAAGAUACCAGAUUCACACAGGGCUACAACACAGCUACAUCCGACCCGCUCAGCCGCUCUGUCUCCCAACCAAUCUUCCAACAUUCGCAGACAAACUUCGUGAAGCUGGUUAUGCUACCCAUGCCAUAGGGAAAUGGCAUCUUGGACACUACAAGAAGGAUUGCCUGCCAAGACAGAGAGGGUUUGAUUCCUUUUUUGGUUACUUAACAGGGAGUGAAGAUUAUUGGACUCAUCAUCGACCAGGCGACGGUAUUCUCCCGAAUAGCAAUCACUGGCUUGGCAUGGAUCUAUGGGACAAUGAGAGAGUCGCAUGGGAGUACGUGGGGAACUACUCUGUCUUCGUCUUCACGGAUAAAAUUCAACAAAUAGUCAACAAGCAUCCGGAGGAACAGCCAUUGCUACUCUACCUACCGUUCCAAUCAGUACACGCACCCCUCCAGGUUCCUAGCUCAUACGAAGAAAGAUAUAAGAACAUUAAGAAUAUGAAUAGACGUAUCUAUGCCGGGAUGAUGAGCUGUCUUGAUGAAGCCAUUGGAAAGGUCGUACAAACUCUGAAGAAAAGAGACCUCUGGGAUAAUACUGUGCUUAUAUUUUCAACCGACAAUGGAGGUGAGGUGGCGGCGGGGGGAAACAACUGGCCCCUCCGCGGCUGGAAGAGAUCUCUGUGGGAGGGUGGUAUGAGGGGUGUAGGCUUCGUUACCAGCCCCUUACUCCCUGAUAGCGUGCAGGGUACAGUCAAUAAGGAGCUCAUCCAUGUAAGUGACUGGUUUCCAACUCUAGUCCAAGGUCUUGCUGGGAGCAGUCUUGGUAACGUCACGUUAGAUGGAUUCAACAUGUGGAAAACAAUAAGUUCCAAUGCUUCAUCGCCCCGGAAAGAACUUCUUCAUAACAUAGAUCCAUGGCCAAACCAACCCAAGGAAUUCUCUUCUAACAUUUCAGCAGCUAUCAGGGUGGGGCACUGGAAACUCCUAACUGGAGAUCCAGGAGCUAAUAAUGGGGAGUGGAUUCCUGUACCUGAUUCUGGUAUUACUGCUAUCUCCCCAAUCAAAAUUAAUGGAAAGGACACUUGGCUAUUCAACAUCACUGCCGACCCUUACGAGUAUCAUGACCUUUCGACCUCUCACCCGGAAGUGGUAGAUGAACUGAUGGACAAGCUUAAGAAGUAUUACGUUGAUUCGGUUCCCGUUCAGUAUCCUGAGGAAGUCGAGGAGGCAAAUCCUGCCUUCCACGACGGCCUUUGGGGAACACCAUGGCAAUGGAAAGCAGAAUGAUGUAUUUUCAAUCCUUAUAUUUCAAUAGUUCUAAGAAAAGAGGGUUAAGCAAGUCCAAGUUAUAAAGCGUAAUUGUGAACCUGCUUUGGUCAAAUCUCUUGGAACCACAUUUGUGAAUCCAACCCAAAUAAAAACUUGUUUUUAGAGGAAAAUAAAAAAUCAGACAAGUUGAUUGGUGAAAGUUUGAACAAUAUCAGACAAACAAUAAGAAAGUCACAUUUUUAAAAGUUGUAAAAAUUGGUAAUCACUCUACCCACAGAGACUUCAAAUUGGCCACAUAUGUGAUGUCAUAGUGAUGUAAUGUAAGGCAAGGACUACUCUUCCAUGUACUCCAA